UUCGCGUUGCCUUAUGGGUAGGACGUAUUUUGUUUUCAUCCGGCUAACAGUGAGAACUUUAUUAGUACUUUACCUUGAUUUCAUGCUGUAUCCGUGACUCGUUCUGUGGUUAGCGACGUAUCGCUCUCUUAUUUUCUCUGUGUGUGAGCCUAUUGUCAGUCAUAUUUAAACAUGAUAAUUCGAUAUAUAGUACAGCGUGUGACUGGUUAGCCGCUAUGCUAACUAGCAUAACACGAAUAACAGGAUGACGGUCACAUAUAGAAGGCAAUAUAAUUCAUGCAGUAGUUGAAGUACGGUAGCAAAAAAAUAGAUUACCUCAUUCCUUUGUCAUACCCUGUCGACACGGGCUCGUUUCCUCCUACUCGAGGUUCAAAACGCCAACCAUGUGCCUUUUAAAGCACCCUACCCUCUCUACUGUUACCAUUCCUUGUUUUGCAUGGUCUUUAGUAUGAUAAUGCUUUGGAGAUAAAAACAUUUGAAAUAAAAUAAAAAAACGCAAGAAUGCUGCUGGGUGGUUGUAUGAGCCGUACAAUGAUUUAUCUGCCAAACAGAGGAUACUGGUAUUCGAAACGCCUGUUAAGCUCAGUUGCUGCUUUAUCUUGUGUGAAGGGGAAACAACCCCUCAGUCCUUUCGUUGUUCGUGCCAUGCUUUAUUGCACAAGAUACACAUUGCCACCACUGCUUAACAGUCAAGGUGCUCUCGAAGCACUUUGUAGUCAUUUUCUGCUUGAUUCAAGAAGAGGUCCAAUUUGCUUUGAAAGAAAUAGGAACCUGCUGCGAAACUCACCCAGGCCUGUGACCUUUGUACGCUACAGAAUGACCGAAGUUCCUCUUUCUACUGUGCCAUCACCUUUUGCUGUGAUGAGAUUUGACCAAGAGGGAAAUGUCACAUCAUUCGAGAAAAAGAAAACUGAGCUUUGCCAAGAGCUAAGUCUUCAGGCCAGGGAUCUACGCUUUCAACACAGUACCAGCCUCAGUACCAGAAACAACUGCAUUAUUCUACGAAUGGAGUCACUGAAAGCCAUUGUGACUCCCCAUUGCCUUAUGGUGUUGGAUUUCCGUGGUCUGGGAUUGGAGCGCUGGCUAGUUCUAGAGCUCGCCCCGCAGCUGGCUUCACAGACUCACUCCUUGCCUUUUGAGUUCAGGGCUCUUGAGGCCAUUUUGCAGCACAGGGUAAACAAUCUUCAAACUCGACUGAACGAAGUUGAACCAGUAAUAUUGGAUAUUUUGGAAUCACUUGUGGAUCCCAAAAUCCUGUCUGCCGAUAGAAGUAAACUACACAUACUGUUGCAGAACAGUAAGAGUUUAUCAGAGUUGGAAACGGACAUUAAAGUUUUUAAGGAUUCGCUGCUGAAAAUUUUGGAUGAGGACGAAAUCAUUGAAGAGCUUUGUCUCACAAAGUGGACAGACCCAAGAGUUUUUGAAGAGAGCAGUUUAGGGAUUGACCAUGCGGAGGAGAUGGAACUUUUAUUGGAUAAUUACUACAUGCAGGCUGAAGAGUUGGGAAACAAAGCCAGGGAGCUGAAAGGCCUGAUAGAUGAUUCAGAGAGUGUCAUCUUUAUCAAUCUGGACAGCCAUCGAAAUGUGAUGAUGCGUUUGAACCUGCAACUGACCAUGGGUACCUUCUCACUCUCCUUAUUCGGUCUGAUCGGGGUGGCUUUCGGGAUGAAUUUGGAAUCGUCUUUUGAAGAGGACCCUCGUGUUUUUUGGCUAGUUACAGGAUUCAUGUUCCUUGGAAGCGGCUUGAUUUGGAGGCGACUGCUUUCAUUUUUGGGACGACACCUAGAGCCAGCAUUACUACCACCAAUUUCUCCGGUUUGGAAGAGAAAUCUGAAAGUAUCAGACAUAAAGGCUGGAGUGAGAUGAUGCUCCCAACUUUAUACAACCCCUGCGCAGCCUGCUAGACUGACCUCACAUUUUUUAUAAAGAAGACACAAGUGAGUCUUUGCCCAUCAGGAUCCUGUUGAACUUGUUUUUUUUUUUUUUUUGGUUUUAUUUUUUUGAGCAUGCGGUGUGUCUUCAAAGUGGGAUACUUCACAUCUAUUGGUCCAUUGGUGCAAACGCCAGUUCAGUGUGAUAUCACCUAGAAAUGGAAAUUGUGUGUCUGUAUGAUGUCGUGUGCCAUUUCCAAAUUUUAUAUGAUCCUAAAAUGCAUCUUAAUCGUGUACUGUAUACUGUAUGUCAUAUGUGUGUUGUUUUUGACAUAGGAAAAAUGGUUUUUUUUUUGCUCAGCUAUUUAAGAUACUAAGCACAUUUUAAUCAUUUGUCUCCAGUUUAUAUAUAUAUAUA